AUGGUGAAAUGGCACGACGUGUGUGAAAACGUGAAAUUGGCGCUAAAAAACGACGGGUUCGAUCUCGUCGCUCCGUUUCGAUUGAGCCAGUACAACGCGCUUUUUGAUACUCACGAUGCUAAAAAUUCUUCCAUUAAAAUCACGGACGCCCCGGAAGAUUGUUUAUGCGUCGUCAUCGGCAACACCAAACGAUUGUGGCCGAUAUUCGAAGAGUAUUACAAAGCGAACAUCGGUAAAGAAGAUUUAAUGCCGCGAGAGGAGAAGAAUCCGCUGGAUUUCUACGUGAAGAAAAAAAUCGACUCGAUUUGUAUCGCCGAUUUUGUAACCGCGAGAUAUCAGACGGACAGUUCGUUGGCGAUACAAAAAAUGGCGAAGAUUAGCGGGAUGGCGAUUUUACACGAGGCAACGCACAUGUCCGUGAACAGAAAAUACGGACCUUGGAUAAGUUUAAGAGCGGUGGUGAUUUUUCACUACGUGAAAGGACCGGAAACGCCUUUACCGGCGCACGAGGUGCCGACUUUAACGAGCGAGAUGGAACGCGAGAGCAAAGAGGCGUUCGAGGAAGCGGCGGAGUAUUAUAGAAAGAAUAGCGAAGGUUCUGGGAGUUUGGAUAAGAGUAAAAGCGCGGAAUUAUGGAUUAAAGUUCGAGAUUGUUUGACCUCGGACGCGCAGAAGGAGUUUCGUUACGACGAGAGGCAAAUGAAGUACCAUUACGACAUCGAUCGGAAUUUAGAGUAUUUGGUGCCUCUGCAGAUGGAGGAGGAGCCGGCGUCUUGA